GUCUCAAAAAAAAAUCCUUUGCUGAAAAUCACUCUAUAAAGAGUUCAUUUUAUGAUGUCCAGUACUGUAUCCUCCUGGAUUUUGAGUUCGGCAAGAAACGGUAUCGUUAUUUUGCAAGGAAAAGGACGUUUGUACUCAAGAUGUAUUGCAAACAGAAACAAGAUGAAAGGAAAAUGUGGGUUUGCCAGAGGGCCUCUUUCCCCUUUUGUGCUGAGCUGCAACAUAGACAAUGUCUACACUUCUAAAAAAGCAUUCAGACAUACUUCAACUGAAGAAGAAGACUUCAUCCUUCAUUUGGCACCAUCACAAAUAAAUGAUAUACUAAGAGCAAGUGAAUUUUCUCAUAAAUUUCAUGACUUUGAUGGUAAAAAUACAAAUUCGGUGCUGAAAUUUGAGAGCAACCAGCUGGCUGCCAACUCACCUAAUGAAGAUCGUAGAAGUGCAGCUACAUGCUUGCAGACCAAAGGGAUGAUGUUUGGGGUCUUUGAUGGUCAUGCAGGUUAUGCAUGCGCUCAGUCAGUAAGUCAGAGACUGUUCUAUUAUGUAGCGGUCUCUCUCAUGUCUCAACAAACACUGGAAGAGAUUGAAUUUGCCAUGGAACACAUGAAACCAGUUUUGCCAAUUUUGCAGUGGUACAAAUAUCCAAACAACAUGUACCAAGAAGUAGCCUCACUGUACGUGGAUCACCUGAGAGUUUAUUGGCAGGAUCUAUUGAACCUUGACAUAGAACUGGGAUUUAGUGUAGAAGAAGCCUUGAUACAUGCAUUCAAGAGAUUAGAUUCAGAUAUAUCACUGGAAGCUCAGGCUUCCUUAGAAAAUGAAAUGAUAAGAAACACUGCCCUGCAAGUGGCUUUCUCUGGUGCAACAGCUUGUGUGGCUCACAUUGACAGUGUUCACUUACACAUUGCAAACACUGGGGACUGCAGGGCGAUCCUAGGGGUCCAAGAAGAGGAUGGAACAUGGUCUUCUCUCUCUCUCACUCGAGACCACAAUGCUUCCAAUGAAGCAGAAAUCAGAAGGUUAAAGGGAGAACAUCCUAGAUCUGAGGAAGAAACUGUAAUCAUGAGCAACAGGCUGCUCGGGAUUCUCAUGCCCACUAGAGCUUUUGGAGAUGUCAGAUUUAAAUGGAGUAAAGAACUGCAACACAGUAUUCUGGAGAAUGGUUGUGAUGUUGAGGCUUUAAAUAUUUACCAGUAUGCUCCUCCCAAUUACUAUACACCUCCCUAUUUAAUUGCAGAGCCUGAAGUCACCUACCAUAAACUGAGGUGUCAAGAUAAAUUUCUGGUUAUCGCUUCAGAUGGACUGUGGGACAUGCUGAAUAAUGAGGAUGUCAUAAAACUUGUUGCAGAACACCUAGCACAAGCUAAUGUGCAGAAACCAAGGAUGACUUUUGAGAAACCAGCCAGUUUGGGUUACAUGCAAAGUCUGCUUCUUCAGAGAAAAGCCAGCGGUGUUGAUUCAUAUGACCAGAAUAUAGCUACUCACCUGAUAAGGCAUGCAAUUGGAGAUAAUGAAUAUGGAGAGAUUGACCAAGAGAAACUUGCUGCAAUGUUGACUUUACCUGACGAUUUAGCAAGAAUGUACAGAGAUGACAUCACUGUUACUGUGAUAUAUUUUAAUUCAGAUACAAUUGAUAGCUACUACAAAGAAAAUGAAUAAGGGUUGCAUUAAUAUUGUACCAUAAAAUGGCCAACUUGAUAGUUGGGAUCUUUAAUGUUUGCUUCCACUAAGACAAGCUAUUACAAAAGCUAUUGUUUGCAGAUCCCCUGCUCUUUAAUACUGAAUAGCCAUGAGUGCUUUUGGAAAUAAUUUUCUAGAAGAAAUAAUUGGUAAGACUUCUCUGGGCUCUCAGUUUUAUGCUGAUUUGAACUAAAAUGUACUGCUUGCAGUUCAGCAGAAUGUAAGUGAAGGCAGGAAUCCAAGAUAGUGAGCCUACUCCUGGUCCCAUUCACAUCAGUGGCAAAACUCCUAAAGUGAACAAAAAGGAAACAAAUUGAUGUAGACAAGUAUUAUGUGUCAGUGAGGGGUAGUGCUUGUAACAGAACCAAGAGCAAAAAAGAGCCAUUGUUCAAUGUCCUCACGUAAGAUAGAGUAGCCUCCUCUCAAAGCACAGUAGUCAAAAUCUAUAUUAUGACUGUAAGGACACUAGGUUGUAUCAAAUACUUGAAAUUGAAUCCCUUAAACUAAAUGUUGUCUUUUAUGCUUGGAAAAUCAUUUAAAACCAGACUGUGAACUUGGGUUUUGGGGAUUGCCAGACUACUUUUUGGUAAUUGUAUUUUAUGCCUAUUGUAAGGAAACAAAACAUACUUUUUUCAAGACUAGCUGAUGUUAAAAUGUGAAACUGAAUAGAAAUAACAUGAGAGAGAACACAUGCACGUGUAACAAUCUACAGUUCAAAUGCACUUUAAACUAGUUUACAAUUUUGUCUUUAGGAAUAUUAUUCUGUCUUCGGGAAUAUUAUAUAUUUCUAAUUUAAUGAUUACUUUUACCACACCAACAGUACUUUGGAAUAUUUUCUUAUGCAUUUUGUUUGACUUACUAAAAAUCCAUUUUAUAUUCAACAUUGCUGCUUAAAUGCAUAGUAUUUCAUAAAUCAAUCUAUGAAACUUCAACUUAAAUAUUGUCCAUGUAUGCAUCCAGAAUUAUAUAAGAGCAUCUGAAACUUAAGUAUAGCAGUUAGCAACAACACUGCAUUUACUUUUCCUUUAAAAAAUAGAAUUGACGACAAUACUGGCAUUUCACCAAAGAGAAAUUCAUUCUUUUUUCUUCUACUCUGUCUUCUUUUAAGAUGUGAACUGCUUAUGUCCAUGUGCACAGUGCUGCUUAAAUGCUUUUGAUUACUAUUCAAACCCUUAAUUCCCCAGUGAAAAUUUCUUUACAGUUUUUACAUUUAAAAACAUUUAGGUAUUUAAAAUUUACUAAAAAAAUCAGCAUUGUAUAGCUUUCUUUUCUAUUCCACUUCCUAGAAUACUCUAUUUAAAUCUUGAAACUGGCUUUCCUUUUUAAAAAAAUUGGCAUACACUGUAAUGUUGUACUGACUUUUCUUACACAUUGCAUAAAUUCCUGCCUUCAGCAAUGUGUACUGUAAUUCAAGAAACAGAGGCCUCAGUUUUAUUGUGGUUGCUACCAAGAAAGUACCUGUGUGUGUGCUCCAGAACUAGUAAUAUGUAGAGCUCCCUCCCCCCACACCACCAUACUUGUGCUUGAUUUUUUUUUUAAAGGGGUGGCUUUUUUCUUAAUUUUCCUGCACGUUAGCAUGUUAAAGAGAUCUAAAGUUCAAAGGUUCUCUCUCCUAGUAACUGUAAAGCAGAAAAAGUCUUAGGCCUAAAUUAGUAGCGUUUGUGUCAAGUGGCUUUUCAAAAAACAAUUUAUUCAUCAGUAUAAACUAGGGAUGGAAAAGGUUAACCAGUAAACUGGUUACCUGUUAAACAUUAGGCUUACUGGAAUGCUUACCCAAUAACCGAUUAACUGGAUCUGUACAAACCUGGUGGAUGGCCAGUUGUAGGAUGUCCAGAAGGACCCUGCCUGCCGCAGCCCAGCCUUGAGCAACCCCCACCUAUGAUGGCCCAGUACGCCACAAGGAUUGGCUUGGAGCAGCCUCCUGCUGGUAGCAGGCCAGCUGGCAAGAUCCUGGCUGCAGUGAACUGGAUUGGAGCAGCCCUGGCAGGACCCCAGCUGCUCUGCACCAGCCCUCCAAUGGUUAACCAGUUAUAUGAUAUAAUUUUAAUCAUUUAACCUGUUUACUGUUUUAAUGGGUAUUUACAUCCCUAGUAUAAACCAUAUGUUAUGGAUUUGUACAUCAUUUAAAUAAUAUUCCAACUUUAAAGCUACCUAGGAAACUGCUCAAACUGUUUAAAGUACUAAUGUGGAUAAUUAAUCAUGGGCAGAUUUGGUACAAUUGUGUAUGCAUUUUGAUGAUAUGCUGACAGUUAUUGCAUCCAUGGUUGCAACUGUCAGACAGCUUCAUCUCCAUAUUAUCUAAAUGUUCCUUUCCCUAAUAUGAUUGUCUUGAUUUGAGUCUUAUUACCUGAGAGCACUUAAACAUGUGUAACUUUAAGCCCGUGUUAAUUUCUAUGUGUAGUAAGGGAUGCUUUCCUAAAUCAGGACCUUAGCACAAUAAAAACAACAUACAUUAAAGAACUUUUUGUUUAGCACAUGCCAGAGCAGAAAAGGCAAUUUAACUUUGAGACAGCUGGAAUUUUUUCUAUAUUGCUAGUCAAAUGUGGCAUUUUUGUGCUUGAAAUAUACAGCAGAUUGAGUGGCUGAAGGAAAAAGAUUUGAGUCUUGGAGUGGUGGUGAAAGCUGAAGAAAGCAUUUGUGUGGGGGAGAGAAUAAGGGGAUGUUGAAAUUUUGGAGUCUCAUUCUCAUUUAGUCUUAAUCCAUCCCUACCUGCUGGGGUGGCAUUGGACUCACUGACACGUCUCAUCGGAAGAAGAGGGGGGAGGCUGUAGAGGAGGACUUGUAGGUCGCAAUGCUAAGGAGGGGACUAGUUUCUGAGCAAGUUUUUUGAGAGCCCUUCCCAAACUUCUACUUCCCAUUUAGCCUUAAUCUCUGAAUAGUUUAAGUGGGAUGUCUUUUCCCAGGUGCCUAUACUUUUUUUGUAAGAGUCUAUGCAUGAGCAGUUUCGUUGUUUACAUCAGUAAGACUGUCACCUAAAAAGUAGUGCUGUAAAGGAUUGUAUAUCUAGACUACCUCUUAUUAGAUAAGGGCACUAUCAAUAGUGUUGAGGCUAAGAGAACGAAGUGUGCUAGACCCUGGUAGAAUAGAUAAAAAUCAAAAUUUUAUAUAUAGUAUGUUAAAGCAAUCGGUAUUCCAAUAAAAUACUUGAGAUAAUGCAAGCCUUUAUCUGUAAAAAUACAGUCUUGUAAAUCUAAGUACUUAAGAUAUAGUUAAAAUGACUUAAUCUUCAAUUUUGUGAAUAUUGUAUAUUUCAUGAAAUCGGGAUUUGUUGUGCAAAAAUUGAACUGUUGUCCUAAGGGAUCUAAUGUUACUGGUACAUAUGUGAAUAUAACUUUUUUUUUUCAAAUUGGUGAUUAUUAUUUUGGGGAUUGUAAUCACCUCAGACAAUAGAACUGGUACUAGCUCUAAUUUGAUGCCAGCAUGUGCCUGAUUUAACUUGUAAUACUGUAAUUAUUGUUCCUUGGUAAAAGAUAACAUUAAAGUGAGUACUGAGUGUUCAGUUCACAGACAAAUAAUGGUGUUUAGCUACACUCUCUUACUUUUUGUUGGAAACUAAUACAUUCCUGUUGGUGACUAAGUUGAUAGCAAAACUCCCAUCAACAUCUGUUAGAAUGUGAUCAUACCUUAAAUUUUGUAAUGGCACAAUCAUAUUUAAUAGGCAUUCAUGUAUAAGGUAUACAGUGCUUUGAAAUUGUGGCAACAUGCUUCAGUGCUAAAACAAUUUAAGUGAAGUUAGUAUAUUGAUCAUAAGAUACAGGAUGACUUGAUAGCUGAGUUUGGGACAACUUUAUGCAUGGAGAUUAAACAUUUUUCAGUUUAACAAUAUUUUUUAUAAUAUCUAGUCAGGAUGUAGUCAUGAAACUACUCAUUGCCUGUGGAACUUGUUUUUUGCAUACCCCUCAAAUGUGCCUCUUAAAUCUAAAUAAAACAAUCUUAGUUAAAACACUGGUGUAUAUACUCAUCCUUUCCAAGGAAAUGUAUUCAUAUAAACCUGACUUUAUUUUGGAUUUGAACUAUAACUUUCUGGCAUUAUUUUGAAACUUAGUUACAUUAUGCAAAAAUAUUUGGUUUUGCUGAGUGCUUGUUUUAAGAAUACUUUUCUCUCUGUACUUAGAAUGACUUAUUUAUAUUUAAGUUUUCAGACCUUCAUAGGGUUUAUUGAUUUUUCUAAUUACUUUCUGAAUAUUGACAUGAAUUAUUUUGUAAAUAAAAAAUAUGCAUCCUACAGUUGAGUAAAAACUGAUUUCAAAAUGCCAUCUUAAUACCCACAUCUUAUUUGUCUUGGGGAGGGAGGGGCUAAGGUGGAUGUAGAGUGCUAGGUUAGGGCUGGUGUAACUGCAAACUUAGAUUGGUAUACCUGUGUGUCUCAGGGUGCAAAAAUCUACAACCCUGCGAGAUGUAGCUGUGUCAAACUAGCCUUUGAUGUAUACAGUGCUAGGUUGGCUUUUCUGUCAACCUAGCCAUUGCCUUUUGGGGAAGUGGAUUACCUCUGCUGAUGGGAGAAUGGAAGCCAACUUUCCAAUGUAGUGGGGGUGCUUGACCCCUGGCUCUGCCGCAGGCCCCACCUCUACUUCUCCUUUUCCCCCAAGGGCCCUCCCCGCCCCUCCUCUUCCAGCCCUGUUUUAUAUCCUCCCACAGUGUGUUGCAAUUUUGUCUGAUCAAAGAGUAAUGCAAGUAGCUCUUGUCUAACGCUACAGUUUAUUAGGUGUUAAGCACACACAAAUGUAAGCAAUAGGUUAAGAACAUUCCAACUAUUUCAAUAAUUCCUGGAAUGAUAUCAAGUAAUUAACAGAAGGUUCGCAGUGGCCAGUUGUUCACCGAGGGUGUCAGAAAAAUGUCUUAGAAUGACUUUAGAGGAAUGUUUUAAAAUACACUUUAUUAGCUAAUGUUUAUAACUAUUACAAAACACAGAAGUUAUAAUUACCUUUACUAUAUUAUUACUUGUAAAUUAGAGGUGUAGAUUUUUUUUUUUUUUAAGCACCAUGAUUUAGUUUUAUUAUUUACUUGUUUGGUAUUUUUAUUUUGAUUAGCAGAAACUACUAGCUAGUUUUGAUCUUGUCUUUAAAAGCCUGUUUUUAAAUUCACCAGUAACUGUUUCCUAAGGAAACUAUAAAACAUCGAUAACCUCCCCAAUAACACCAUCCUUGCCACCAUGGAUGUAUAAGCUCUAUAUAC